AGUCUCCAGAUGAUGACCGGAGGAAAGGGUUAGUGAGAUCUUGUACCGAUUUAAAGGAGUCGCGUGAACAUGGAACCGAAGGCGCAUUCUGCGAUGGACACAGUUUUGACUCUAAUACCAGCUUCGCACGGGAAAGCGGUUCGCUCAGCCUUCUACAACACAGUUGCGUUUGCAAUUUUAGGGACCAUUGCCGUGGUUGCUGGAUCAGUUUACCUUUACGUCCUGCAGCCGUAUCUCCGGCCGUUGCUUUGGGCCGGAUUGUGUGGCAGCGUGCUUCAUCCCGCGAAGGAGCGCUUAGCGACUGGCUUAAAAGCUUGGAUCAGCGUCGUUCAGGAGUCUCGGAAGCCCGCUGUAUUCGAAGUGAUUUGCGUGCCUUUCGUCGUGAUCGACGGCGUGUACGAAGCCUUCAAGCAGGUCAUGUCCACGCAUUAUUACAAGUGCCUGAUAACGACCGUCGGGUUUUCGGCAAGUCUCCUUUUGUAUUACCUUGCUCCCGAAGAUAUCGCCAACUUUUUGGACGAUGUUUAUCAAGCCUCUGUCAUGUCUCUGACGCGACGAAUAACUGCUUUCUGGCUUUAUGUGGUGCUCUCGAUGCUAUCUGCCUACUACCUGGUCGUGUUGAUGUUGCCGGUGAGCAGACUUCACCCAACGGGUACGCUUCUGAAAUGUGGGGUUCCGCUAGCCUGCGUUCUCUGUUGGGGCUUUGUGUGCCUUCAUCUUUCCGCCUAUUGGCUGAGCCAGCCGCGGGCUUUUGUCUAUCACAUUUUCGCGGUCUCCUCAUUUGGGAUCUUGCCGCUUGUGGUGGGCUUUUGGAACUCAAACGGUGUCGGUGUCUCUUCGAGGAUACGAACGGUUUCAGAUUCUAGCAGCAAAGCGGAAGAUGAUUCGUUCGUCCGGGCUCCGGAAGUGAUUCGGGAUGACCUACGAAACCCAGCAUUGGAUCGAUUAAUCGGACUGGACCAGGAUCGCCGGGGUUUUCUACACUCCAGCCUUCGUCACCGAUUGUUGAGACGAUCGACGAGCCAAGAAGGACAUUCCCGAACCGUCGGGAAACCCGACUGCAACAUUAGCGACAGUCGGAAAGUUACUUUCUUCACGUCCACUCCCAGGACUAGGACUGUGUCGGAAACCAUCGGAACUGUCACAGCUAAAGAAGAAUCGCAGAGGGAAUCCUUUGGUUCCUCCCCUGUUCCACUGUUGGUAGUUGAUCCUCCACCUGGUGACGUGAAGGACGGGAGAAGCAGCAGUCUCGAGUUCUCGAUUCCUCCACCGCAAUUUCGUCAAAGAGCGCUUUCGGAUUCUGGAUUCCGCCCAGAUUGGAGGAAAUCCAGGCCGGAUUUGAGUGCGUUCCAUCAUCGGACGUUUCGAACAACAAUUGCUGUUGUUCCCGAGUCAAGCGAAGGAAAUUUGUAUCUUGUUUCUUUGCUAUGGGUCUGCGUUCUCAUGACGUUGUGGCGUCAUCCGAGGUUGCUCCAAUUGCUUCCAAUACCUGUCAUCUAUUUGCUGAUGAAGCAUCUCUGGCUUUUUGUCGUUGGAAGUGGAAACUGGGGAGCAGUGAGUACUUUCGUGUCCAAACGAUUGGAGGCAAGGAAAUCAUUGUUGGUGCCGUUUCCGAUUCCACUUAUUUAUGGAUGGAUUCUGCGCGGCGAAAGAGCCAUCAUUCAAAUAUUUAAAGAGUAUGUGGAUUCCGUUGCAGCCGUAUGCAUUAUAUUCACUGGGAUUGUCCUGUCAGGCCUUGCGUUGAUCUUCAUUUCUGUUCAGGUUUAUCAUGAGGGGGUUUUGUUGGUUUCAUUGACUGGACAAGCCUUGAAUUCAACAAUUGUGGGGAAUUUCUUGGGAUCUGGAGACAUGGCGAAAUUGAUGCAUCAAAGCACGGAUUCCAUUCAUCAUUAUGGAAGAGUUAUUUUAUCUUCAGUGGUGAGGAAAAUCUCGGGCGAUGUGGAGGACGCCAAGCUGCAAGACGUCGAGGAACAAGUGUUGGCUAUGUGGAACAAAUUCUACGUGGAAUAUAACAAAUACGUGGACGUUUACAAACACCAGAAAGAAAAUUAUCCUCGUGAACCGUUGAACGUUUGCGAUUCCGGAAGCACAAUGAGAACUAGCGUGGGCACUCAAACGAAUCCGGAAACGGCAGAGAUGCUCUGGGCACCCUUCUCUGCUGCAGUUUCGAAGAUCAUGCCAGGUUCAAUGCCCAUGUCAGCUUGGUCACGUCAGUUCAAUGCGACCAUCUUGAUGCAGUUCUUGAAAAAUAAUGUUGAUUUGAUGCAAUCUAUUGCAUCGAUCGUCGCAAGCAAUUUAUAUCUUGCCGUUGGUGGAUUAACGGCGUUGUUGGGAUUGCUUGCUGGCGGAGGAAAUGCAGUCUUGAAUUUCGUGCUGAAUUGGCUAAUUUUUUGCACGACGCUCUUCUACUUGUUGAAGUGCAGCAGCGCCAUCUACAAGCCAUUGGACUUCUUUUUUCUCUCAUCCUUUCAGUCUACCAAAGAAUUGACGCGUGCAUUUGACCGAGCUAUUUCGGAUGUGUUCGUCGUAUCCUGCAAGUUGGCGGCAUUUUAUGCUUUGUGGACCUGGAUUCUGCAUGACUUUUUCGACGUGAAACUUGUCUUCAUCCCAUCAGCCAUCGCUUCGAUUCUGGCUGUAGUGCCGUUGUUCGGAAGCUAUCUCGUGUGCAUACCCGGUGCGAUCGAAUUGUGGGCCGUUCAGAAGCGAUCAACGGCGGCGGUGGUGUUCUUCAUCGCUCACUUGGUGCCUCCUUAUUUCGUCAAUGAUGCUUUCUAUCGCGACAUCCGAGGAGAUAUGCAUCCUUACCUGACGUCAUUGGCUGUGAUGGGUGGAGUAUUAUGCUUGGGAGUUGAGGGAGCAAUAUUUGGCCCAUUGCUGUUGUGCCUACUUCUGAUCGUCUACCAAACGUUUCAAGCUACCUUCCGAGACGUGCCUUUGUUGCGGCAGAUGAGCUCAGAAUACUCUACUUCACAACACCAACCGUUCGUAUUCUCUGGAAUGACGUGA